AUGACGUCUCUCUUCCGGCAUCCUUCACCUUCUUAUCGCGUCGUACACACAGACAGACAGGAAGAAGCAAAGGGAGUCGACAUCAACAUCAGCAUCAAGCAGGUUAACCAGAAGCACAACAGCAUCCAUGGAUCGAUCGCAGAGGAGAAGAAAAAAGAGAAGAAGAGGCAACUUUUCUCUCUUCUUCCCUGGUCAUGUAGAACUGGACUGGACCGGAUGGUGAGACUUACAUGCAGGUACCUGUACUCCGGUAUAACAAAGCUGGGUAUACUUAUAAAUAACCAGUCGAGGGAUGCAAGAGUGGCGGGAGGGGGUGGGAAGAUGAUGAAAAAAGGGUGCCUGGAUCGAUCGAUCGGCUCACGGCAUAAGAAGCAAAAACAUAAAAUGACAGCGAAGAAGGUAUCGGCCAGGACAUUUUUCGUAUCCAGGGCCUUGCAAGGACUCGCCUCUUCACAUGCUUCGUGCUACGUGCGGUUGAUGGGUGGUUACAGGCCAGGUCCCGGUCAGGGCAACGCAGCCUGGUUCCUGGAUAAGAGGCAAAGGGUGAAAGAAGAAGACGAGGACUACGAGAAAAGGGACCAUCCAGAAAUAUGGGCUGUGUACAAGGGUCUGCCAGACAGCGAGACAGGGCAGACUACUUGCUAUGUAUGA